UAUGGUAUGGGAAAUUACCAGUUCAAACUGUAGUUUGGGUUGCCAAUAGAGAAACUCCUCUUAAUGAUUCGUUGGGGGUCUUAAAGAUAACAGACAAAGGAAUUCUUAUCCUUCUCGAUCGCAGUGGGAGCGUGAUUUGGUCUUCCAACACAGCAAGACCUGCGAGGAAUCCAACCGCUCAACUUUUGGAGUCAGGAAACCUUGUUGUGAAAGAGGAGGGCGAUAACAACCUGGAAAAUUCCUUGUGGCAGAGUUUUGAACAUCCGACUGAUACGAUAUUGCCAGGCAUGAAGCUAGGAAGGAGUAGAAUAACAGGAAUGGAAUGGUCCAUGACAUCAUGGAAAUCAGAAGAUGAUCCUUCCAGAGGUAACAUUACAUGUAAACUUGCUCCUUAUGGAUAUCCUGACAUUGUUGUGAUGGAAGGUUCGCAAGUGAAGUACCGAUCUGGACUCUGGGAUGGUCUGCGGUUCAGUGGCGUGCCUAGCACAAAACCAAAUCCUAUAUACAAAUAUGAAUUUGUUUUCAAUGAGAAGGAGAUAUUUUACAGAGAAAGUCUUGUUGAUAAGUCGAUGCUUUGGAGGCUCGUGACAAGACAGAAUGGUGAUAUCGCGAGCUUUACUUGGAUUGAGAAAACACAAAGUUGGUUGCUUUAUGAAACAGCAAAUACAGAUAAUUGUGAUCGAUAUGCACUAUGUGGUGCAAAUGGUUUCUGUGAUAUUCAAAGCUCUCCAAUGUGUGAUUGCUUGAAUGGAUUUGUACCAAAAUCCCCAAGAGAUUGGAACGUGACUGAUUGGGCAAAUGGUUGUGUUAGAAGGACUCCACUAAAUUGUUCUGGAGAUGGGUUCCGAAAGCUCGCUGGAGUGAAGAUGCCUGAGACAAAAUCAUCGUGGUUUAGCAAGACGAUGAAUCUUGAGGAGUGCAGGAACACGUGCUUGGAGAAAUGCAACUGUACAGCAUAUUCAAAUCUGGACAUCAGGAAUGGAGGAAGUGGGUGCUUGCUCUGGUUCGGCGACCUGGUUGACAUUAGAGUUUUUGCUGAAAACGAGCAAGAGAUUUAUAUACGAAUGGCCGAAUCAGAACCAGAUAUUGGAGAUGGUGCAAGGAUAAAAAAAAAAUCCGAAGCCAAGAAAAGGAUCAUAAUAAGCACUGUGUUAUCUACUGGGAUUCUGUUCCUUGGCCUAGCCUUGGUCUUGUAUGCUUGGAUGAAGAAGCAUCAGAAAAACAUUAUUCUGCCUGCGGGACAAAUGACAGAAGCUCUGGAAAGAAGUUCAAAUAACAUGCAGAGGAAGGAAGAUCUGGAACUUCCAUUGUUUGAUUUCAGUACCUUGGCUUGUGCAACAAACAAUUUCUCUACCGACAAUAAACUUGGAGAAGGGGGUUUCGGAACAGUUUAUAAGGGAACAUUAGCAGAUGGACGAGAAAUUGCAGUGAAGAGGCUCUCUAAGAUUUCAAGACAAGGUCUUGAUGAGUUAGAAAAUGAAGCCAAUUAUAUUAUGAAACUUCAGCACCGGAAUCUAGUGAAGCUUCUAGGAUGCUGCAUCGAAAGAGAUGAAAAGAUGUUGAUCUAUGAAUUCUUGCCUAACAAAAGCUUGGACUUUUUUAUUUUCGAAAAAACACGAAGCUUUCUACUUGAUUGGCCUAAGCGCUACAACAUUAUCAAUGGUAUUGCUCGUGGACUCCUUUAUCUUCACCAGGAUUCAAGAUUAAGAGUAAUUCAUAGAGACCUGAAAGCCGGCAAUAUUUUAUUGGAUAAUGAGCUGAACCCGAAAAUUUCAGACUUUGGCCUGGCUAGAAGUUUUGGAGGAAAUAAAAUUGAAGCCAAUACUAAUAAAGUGGCUGGUACAUACGGCUACAUAUCCCCUGAGUACGCAAAUUAUGGACUCUACUCGGUAAAAUCAGACAUCUUCAGCUUCGGUGUAUUGGUGCUAGAGAUAGUGAGUGGGAACAAGAACAGAGGAUUCAGUCAUCCAGACCACCAUCUCAACCUUCUUGGGCAUGCUUGGUUACUGUUCAAAGAAAACAGGUCUUUGGAACUGGCUGCAGAUUCAAUAGCUAUAACAUGCAAUUUAUCAGAAGUGCUACGAUCAAUUCACGUGGGUUUAUUGUGCGUGCAAGAAAAUCCAGAAAUGAGGCCAACCAUGUCAAAUGUAGUUUUGAUGCUAGGUAAUGAUGAUGUACUGCCUCAGCCUAAGCAACCAGGUUUCUUCACUGAAAGGGAUGUGAUUGGAGCAAGCUAUUCAUCCAGCCUCAGCAAACCGUGUUCAGUUAACGAAUGCUCGGUUUCAGAGUUAGAACCCCAUUCAUUAACUGAGCUACAGAAAAAAACCAUAGAAGUAACGAUGGGUUACAUUCCCAUACUUCUUUUUUGCUUCUUUUCAUUGCUGAAUAGAGUAACGGCCACAGCCAUUGGCAUCAUAAACAUAACUCAGUUCAUCAGGGAUGGCGAUACCAUAGUUUCAGCAGAUGGAACCUAUGAAUUAGGAUUUUUCAGCCCUGGAAAGUCAAAAAACAGAUACUUGGGCAUAUGGUAUGGGAAAAUACCAGUUCAAACUGUAGUUUGGGUUGCCAAUAGAGAAACUCCCCUUAAUGAUUCGUUGGGGGUCUUAAAGAUAACAGACAAAGGAAUUCUUAUCCUUCUCGAUCGCAGUGGGAGCGUGAUUUGGUCUUCCAACACAGCAAGACCUGCGAGGAAUCCAACCGCUCAACUUUUGGAGUCAGGAAACCUUGUUGUGAAAGAGGAGGGCGAUAACAACCUGGAAAAUUCCUUGUGGCAGAGUUUUGAACAUCCGACUGAUACGAUAUUGCCAGGCAUGAAGCUAGGAAGGAGUAGAAUAACAGGAAUGGAUUGGUCCAUGACAUCAUGGAAAUCAGAAGAUGAUCCUUCCAGAGGUAACAUUACAUGUAAACUUGCUCCUUAUGGAUAUCCUGACAUGGUUGUGAUGGAAGGUUCGCAAGUGAAGUACCGAUCUGGACUCUGGGAUGGUCUGCGGUUCAGUGGCGUACCUAGCACAAAACCAAAUCCCAUAUACAAAUAUGAAUUUGUUUUCAAUGAGAAGGAGAUAUUUUACAGAGAAAGUCUUGUUGAUAAGUCGAUGCAUUGGAGGCUCGUGACAAGACAGAAUGGUGAUGUCGCGAGCUUUACUUGGAUUGAGAAAAAACAAAGUUGGUUGCUUUAUGAAACAGCAAAUACAGAUAAUUGUGAUCGAUAUGCAAUAUGUGGUGCAAAUGGUUUCUGUGAUAUUCAAAGCUCUCCAGUGUGUGAUUGCUUGAAUGGAUUUGUACCAAAAUCCCCAAGAGAUUGGAACGUGACUGAUUGGGCAAAUGGUUGUGUUAGAAGGACUCCACUAAAUUGUUCUGGAGAUGGGUUCCGAAAGCUCGCUGGAGUGAAGAUGCCUGAGACAAAAUCAUCGUGGUUUAGCAAGACGAUGAAUCUUGAGGAGUGCAGGAACACGUGCUUGGAGAAAUGCAACUGUACAGCAUAUUCAAAUCUGGACAUCAGGAAUGGAGGAAGUGGGUGCUUGCUCUGGUUCGGCGACCUGGUUGACAUUAGAGUUUUAGAUGAUAAUGAGCAAGAGAUUUACAUACGAAUGGCCGAAUCAGAACUAGUUGUAGAUAAUGGAGAUGGUGCCAAGAUAAAUAAAAAAUCCAAAGCGAAGAAAAGGAUCAUAAUAAGCACUGUGUUGUCUACUGGGAUUCUGUUCCUUGGCCUAGCCUUGGUCUUGAGUGUUUGGAUGAAGAAGCAGCAGAAAAACAGAAAAAUAGCAGAUGCUCUGGAAAGAAGUGCAGAUCAUAUGCACAAGGAAGAUCUAGAGCUACCAAUGUUUGAUUUGGGUACUUUGGCUUGUGCAACAAAUAAUUUUUCUGUUGAAAAUAAACUUGGAGAAGGGGGUUUCGGAUCUGUUUAUAAGGGAACAUUAGAAGACAGGCGAGAAAUAGCUGUGAAGAGGCUCUCUAAGAACUCAAGACAAGGACUUGAUGAGUUCAAAAAUGAGGCCAAUUAUAUAGUGAAACUUCAGCACCAGAAUCUAGUGAAGCUUCUAGGAUGCUGCAUUCAAGGAGAUGAAAAGAUACUGAUCUAUGAGUUUUUGCCUAACAGAAGCUUGGACAUUUUUAUUUUCGAAAAUACACACAGCUUUCUACUAGAUUGGACCAAGCGCUGCAACAUUAUCUUUGGGAUUGCUCGUGGACUACUUUAUCUUCACCAAGAUUCAAGACUAAGAGUAAUUCAUAGAGAUCUGAAAGCCAGCAAUAUUUUAUUGGAUGAUGAACUCAACCCAAAAAUCUCAGAUUUUGGCCUGGCUAGAAGUUUUGGAGGAAACGAAACUGAAGCCAAUACUAAUACAGUGGCUGGUACAUAUGGCUACAUAUCCCCUGAGUAUGCAAAUCAUGGACUCUACUCACUAAAAUCGGACGUCUUCAGCUUCGGCGUAUUGGUGCUGGAGAUAGUGAGUGGGAACAGGAACAGAGGAUUCAUUCAUCCAGACCACAGCCUCAACCUUCUAGGACAUGCUUGGAGAUUGUUUGAAGAAAACAGGCCUUUGGAACUGGUUGAAGAAUCACUAGUAAUAGCAUGCAAUUUAUCUGAAGUGCUACGUUCGAUUCAUGUGGGUUUAUUGUGUGUGCAAGAAAAUCCAGAAGAUAGGCCAAACAUGUCAAAUGUUGUUCUGAUGUUACGUGAUGAUGGUACUCUGCCUCAGCCUAAACAACCAGGUUUCUUCACUGAAAGGGAUCUGACUGAAGCAAGAUAUUCAUCCAGCCUGAGCAAACCAUGUUCAGUUAAUGAAUGCUCGAUUUCAGAGUUAAGACCAAGAUAGAUUGCAUUUUGCGCUGAUAUUUUGUAUUGUUUCUAGAUGGUUAUUCUCUACUUUUCGAAAUAUUAAUUUGUGGUUAUGUUCUAGGCAUAUAUAAUUCAGCCAUCCCACAAAGAAAUAAUGUAUUUUGAUCAACUAUGGUAAUAUAUGUAUGGUAUGUAAGGCUGGUGUAAUAAAAGGUACGCAUGAAGUGUAAGGAAAUGGAUCUUCAAGUUAUUUAAA